AUGGCAUACAGAUCACUGGGCAUCGUGGCCGCAAUCGCCUCCGUUGGACGGGUGGCGGCUCUCAAUAACGGAAUGGCCAUCACGCCCCCAAUGGGUUGGAACAAUUGGAAUGCAUUUGCGUGCGACGUCUCAGAGGACCUCCUCCUCAGCACAUCAGAGCGCGUCGUCAGCUUGGGCCUGCGCGACCUGGGCUACAACCACGUCGUGCUGGACGACUGCUGGCAGGACGAGAACGGCCGUGACGACCAGGGCAAGCUCCAGCCGAACCUCGACAAGUUCCCCAAUGGCCUGAACCACGUUGCGGACCAUCUUCACGGCUUGGGACUCAAGUACGGCAUGUACUCCAGUGCCGGCGAGAUGACGUGUGCAAGAUUCGCUGGGUCGCUUGACCACGAAAAGGACGAUGCCCAGAGCUUCGCGUCCUGGGGCGUCGACUUCCUCAAGUACGACAACUGCUACCACAUGGGCCGCAUGGGCACGCCCCAGAUCUCGUUCAACCGGUUCAAGGUCAUGGCCGACGCGCUCAACGCGACAGGCCGUCCCAUCGCUCUGAACCUCUGCAACUGGGGCGAAGACUAUGUCCACACGUGGGGAAUGUCCAUAUCCAACGCCUGGCGCAUGUCGGGCGACAUCUACGACUCCUUCACGCGCCCCGACGACCUCUGCAGCUGCACCUCGGCCGCGGAUCCCUUCUGCAUCGCCCCGGGGACCCACUGCUCCGUGCUCUUCAUCCUCAACCGCGUCGCCACCUUCGCCGACCGCAGCAUCCCCGGCGGCUGGAACGACCUCGACAUGCUCGAGGUCGGCCAGGGCGGCAUGACGGACGAGGAGUACAAGGCGCACUUUGCGCUCUGGGCCGCCCUCAAGUCGCCGCUGAUGCUCGGCAACGACCUGCGCGACAUGCCCGCCGAGGCGCUGAGCAUCGUUAACAACCCGGCCAUCAUCGCCAUCAGCCAGGACCCGCACGGCCGCAGCGCGUUGCGCGUGCGGAGGGACGUCGGCGGGGCCCUGACGCCGGAUGAGCACGGCGUCGCCGAGGCCCAGGUGUGGAGCGGACGGCUGGAGAACGGCGACCAGGUCGUCAUCUUCCUCAACGCCGCGGGCGCCGAGAUCGAGAUGGAGUCGUCGCUGGCCGAGAUCUUUGUUUCGGACGGUCCCGGCGGCUCGGCGCCGCAGGUCAAGUCCAAGUGGGCUAUUCACGACCUCUGGGCCGACAGGAUGCCGACGGAGACGGCGAAGUCGCUGUUCAGAGCCGAGAACCACGAUUCGAGGGCCAAGAUCCUCAAGAAGGCCGACUGGUACAACGCCACGGAGAUCCCGUACGCAGUCGGUCUGGAGAAGGAGGACCCUAGACUGUUUGGCAAGAAGAUUGGCGAGGUGGAGGCCAAGGGCGUGUUGAAGGCCAAGGUCCCUAGCCACGCGGCCAAGGUCUUCCGCCUGAGAAGGAUCGCGACGCCCGGUGAUGGCUUCAAGGCGAAGAGCCACGACCGCACGCAGAGGGCUGUCAAGGAGGAGCUGUAA